UGUAAUGUGUCCCCCGUGAUGCGCCGCGCGCCCCGGUGACGGUGAGUCUGAUGGCGAUGUCGGUGUGUGUGAGGCUCCUCCUCCUCCCCCGCGGGUCUCACUGCGGCGCUCACUUAUCCUCCAGCACUCUCCGAAAGUUCACCAGUCCGGUUCUGACCCGCAGUCACAGGCUCGGGCCCACGGACGAUGAGAUGUACCAGCGCACCUCGGUGACGGUGAUGCAGAAGGAGCCGGGCGUCGGCCCCAUCAUCCACGGCUACAGCUCACGGGGCUUCAACAUCGACGGGAACAAAGUGAUCGGACCCUGCGCCGUCGUCCCGCCCGCCGUUCUCCAGUGGAACGUGGGAAGUCACGAAGACAUAACGGUGGAGAGUUUGUCUCUGUUCUACCUGCUGCAGCCGGGCGUAGAGGUGUUGGUUCUGGGUACAGGAGCCCGUACAGAGCGUUUGGACCCCAAUGUUCUCUCCUUCAUCAGGAAGAAGGGGAUCGCUGUGGAGGUGCAGGACACGCCGAACGCUUGUGCCACCUUCAACUUCCUCAUCAGUGAGAGACGAAUCACAGCAGCCGCUUUGAUCCCGCCGACCGAUACGACCUCAGACUGACCCCAGUGUGUGUGUGUGUGUGUUGGGGGGGUUAUACUGUUAUUCA